CAGGUAUUGGUGAUUAACUGAGAAAAAUGAAUACCACAAAAUAUCAUUCACAUCUCAUACGUGCCCCCUCACCCCUCCCUAAAAAAGCGAGUCAGAUGGUGACAGAGAGACGAGAGGAGCCGUCUGCAUAUUGAAUGUGUACCGUGGAAAAGGGCUGACGGCGGACACCACUCACAGCUGGGCUGGGUCUCGGGCUUUCGCUGUCCUUGGUGCUGAAUGGUCUGCUGCUAUCGUCGUUGAACCAAAGGUGUUCCUGACGUCAGAUAAACCUGGACGCUCCUCGGAGUCGUUAAAGCUUAGCCUUUGCUUAAGUGAACAAACUUGCUUACUGUCCGUCUUCUGUUUGGGCAUCCAGUUGUUUCCUUUUAACGAAUCUUAUUUUUUUUUGCAUCAAUAAGGGGCAAAGGAUUGAAUUGUUUUACAAUUUGGGACCUUUUUCUUUCAUUUUUUUUUGCUUCGCAAAUCAUAAGCUCAGUCUUAAUGCGAUGGCACUGUACGCGUUUACUGCGCGCGAGGCGAGAGGAGACUUUAUAAUUCUGAAUGUGGAGUCAGACCACAUCUGAUUUCUCGCAUAUGUAGGCGUUUUUACAGCUCGCUCCGUAGAUUCUUGGGAUAACUCAUCGAGCAUCGCUUUUUCCUCAUCGAAGAACGAGAUACCUUGUAUAUAUCUUUAUUUCAGCAGUAUGUUCGUCAAUCUUGCACCGUAAUAUGAUACUUUAACAUUAAUACAAUUGAGUGGAGCAUCGUCUUUGGAAAUGGAUACCAUGAAGGAGCGAGUUUUUGCCCCCGGCAAGGAAGGGUUGAAGAAUUUUGCAGGGAAGGCGCUGGGGCAUAUGUACAGGGUGCUGGAGAAGAGGCAGAAAACUAGCGAGGUGAUCGAGCUGACGGAGGAUGGGCGACCUUCGGAGACCAAAGAGAAAAAACCCCCGCUCUGCGAUUGCACCUGCUUCGGGCUGCCCCGCCGCUACAUCAUCGCAAUCAUGAGCGGCCUCGGCUUCUGCAUCUCCUUCGGCAUCCGCUGCAACCUGGGCGUGGCCAUCGUGGGCAUGGUCAACAACAGCACGUACCACCAAGGCGGCAAAAUAAUCAUCAAAGAGAAAGCAAAGUUUAACUGGGACCCGGAAACAGUGGGAAUGAUCCAUGGCUCGUUUUUCUGGGGCUACAUUGUCACGCAGAUCCCGGGAGGUUAUAUAUCCUCAAGACUGGCAGCCAACAGGGUUUUCGGCGCAGCUAUUCUCCUCACCUCAACGCUCAAUAUGCUGAUCCCCUCCGCCGCACGUGUGCACUACGGCUGCGUCAUGUUCGUGAGGAUACUGCAAGGUCUCGUUGAGGGAGUGACCUACCCAGCCUGCCACGGAAUAUGGAGCAAAUGGGCCCCACCAUUGGAGAGGAGUCGCCUGGCCACCACCUCCUUCUGUGGUUCCUAUGCUGGUGCUGUCAUUGCCAUGCCUCUGGCAGGGAUCUUGGUGCAAUACUCCGGCUGGUCCUCUGUCUUCUACUUGUAUGGAUCCUUCGGGAUGAUCUGGUACAUGUUCUGGAUCCUGGUUUCGUAUGAAAGCCCGGCUGUUCACCCCACCAUUACCGAUGAGGAGCGCAGCUACAUCGAGGAGAGCAUUGGAGAGAGUGCCAAGCUACUGGGCCCUGCCGAAAAAUACAAGACCCCCUGGAGGAAGUUCUUCACCUCCAUGCCUGUCUAUGCAAUCAUCGUGGCCAACUUCUGCAGGAGCUGGACCUUCUAUCUGCUGCUAAUCAGCCAACCCGCCUACUUUGAGGAGGUGUUUGGGUUUGAGAUCAGUAAGGUUGGCAUGCUGUCGGCCCUCCCCCAUCUAGUCAUGACCAUUAUUGUCCCCAUUGGAGGCCAGAUCGCCGAUUUCCUGCGCAGCAAGAACAUCCUGUCCACUACCACGGUCAGGAAGAUAAUGAACUGUGGAGGUUUUGGGAUGGAGGCCACGCUGCUCUUGGUGGUGGGGUACUCCCACAGUAAAGGCGUGGCCAUAUCCUUCUUAGUCCUCGCGGUGGGCUUCAGCGGCUUCGCCAUAUCAGGUUUCAAUGUCAACCACCUGGACAUAGCACCUCGGUAUGCCAGCAUUCUUAUGGGCAUCUCCAAUGGCGUGGGCACCUUAUCGGGGAUGGUGUGCCCACUGAUUGUGGGUGCCAUGACAAAAAACAAGACUCGGGAGGAGUGGCAGUACGUGUUCCUGAUUGCGGCCCUGGUGCAUUAUGGGGGCGUGAUCUUCUACGGGAUCUUCGCGUCGGGAGAGAAGCAGCCCUGGGCGGACCCGGAGCAGACCAGCGACGAGAAGUGCGGCUUCAUCGAUGAAGACGAGCUGGCUGAGGAGACGGGCGACAUCACCCAGAGCUAUGGUGCCCUCGGUGGCCCGGCCAAGACCUAUGGCGCCACCACCCAGCUAAACGGGGGCUGGCCCAAUGGAUGGGAGAAGAAGGAAGAAUAUGUACAGGAGGGCGCUGAGCAAGGCAGCUACAGUUACAAGCAGGAGGAGGACUACUCAUAGACCAGUCAUAUAUACAUAGUAGAUCUAUUUUGUAGUGUUCGUGAGUUCAGACAAAAGAGAAAAAAAAUCCAUCGUGGUAUGUUUGCACAAAUUGAAUCUAAAGUUGAAAAUAUUAACCUUCAAAAAGUCAUGUAUAACUUUAAAUAGAAGAGAUGUAACAUAUCAAAAUGGCAGGUUGUAAAUGUAAAAAAAAAUAAUGAAUAUAUUACUUUGGAGUGCAAUCUUAUAUAAAAUUGUGACAUAUUUCUCAUCUCACUGAUCAAGCUUCUUCACCUGUAGAAUAUUGUAGCUUAGGUUUAUAGUUCAUUAGCUCUCCCACCCCCUGAGACGGUAUUGGGACUAAUUAAGCCUCCACUUGAGCCAGAUAUUGUGGUCUAAUUCAGAUGUGGUGUAGUUCACUAUGAUAGUUCCAAACCUUAACCAAAACAUUUUUAAAGCGUCAUUUCAAUGCACAGAUGGAGAGGUAUUCCCAUCUUUUUAAUGCAGUGGGCAAAUUCAUUUCCUAUUCAUGUGUUUUUACAAACUCAUAUUAUAUAUACUGUUUCUGUGAGACUAUCAUGGACAACUUAGGUCAUUGAUCUAUAAGAGCACAUUGAUUUUAAAAAAGGCCAUAUUCUUCACAGACGGGACCAUUUCAAGGAGCUGCCUGUUGAAGGACAUCUAGCGCUCAAGCGGUGGGGUACUCUGCAGUUGAGAGGGGGAGGUCAGAGUGACCCGGGAGAGAGCAGUCUGUAAAAAAAACGCAGUCUGCAACCUAGGACUGACCACUUACUUCUCUUGUUUGUUAUGAUAUUUGUGACGACGAACACUUCACGUGAGUCUUUGGAGGCUUCGAGUAACGCCAUUCCAUUUUGACUUCCUCGAAUGAUAUUAUGCAUGGUUGGACAUUCGUUUUUUUCCCCUCUCUUCGUUCGGAGCUGUUACUUAGUGUCCAUUUCUGUGCACAAUUAACCAAAGGCAACAUCUAGAGCUGGGUUUUUGUAGGGAGACCACCACAAAGGAGUCAUGCAAGCUUCGGCCAUGGAGCCCACAGCGGCCCGCCAGACGGAGCAACUGCAUUCGGUGUACAAAGCAAUAAAUCCAUGGUUAACAGUUGCCGUCAUUCCAUCAAAAAAAAAAAAUUGUAUGUGACACUGAUGUAUUCGUAGGUGUUUUUUGGAGUCGUGUUAUGAUUAAAAACAAAAACACAAAAGAAAAUGAUACAAAAGAAAAAAAAAGCAUUAAAAAAUCGCUAGGGCCAUACAUAAGCCUCUUCGACAAGCUGACGGUGCAGGGAACACAAACGAUGACCCGUUUUCCAGACCUGGAAUUUUCUGAAUGACGCAGUUUCGUUUUCUCUUUCCUUGAUGUCCAAGCAUCCGUUAGCGUUCUGUAUUUUCCCAGUGGUCCUUCUGGAGGAUGUACUAUUGUUCCAUUUUGAUACCUUCUUCGUUUGGGGUUUGAUUGAAAUGUGUUGUGUUUGUGGUUGGAGUGUCUAUCCACCCCCCACCCCUGCCCCUCUUCACCUCCUUUCCUGCACUGCCCCCCUUCCCUCCACUGUUGCAAUAUAUACUGACGUAAGGAUUGUCUGCAAAGGUGUUUAAACGUUCAAAAAAAUGACAGAUGUUUAACAUGACUUAAAGGUACCAUUCCUG